GGGGGCGGAGACUGGUUGGUGGUCCACACUAUGAGCGUAACACUCGGCUGUAGCAGGGCUUGGGGUUGCUGCUAAUGGAGCUGCGUCCAGUACAAACGUGGAAUUAGACCUAACUGGAGACCUCGCUAGACAGUCAUUGGCAGCCAGGACUCAGGGAUAAAGGAGAUGGACGUGGGAAAUCUGGUCUGUGUGCUUGAAGGCAGGUAACGAUUCGUUCUCAGGAAGUUCAGUUCUCACUUAACCAGCAGCUAUGAAAAAGAGCAUUUAUCACUCACUCAAAACCCAACAGCAUCCACUACUUCUGCGAAGACCCUUACCUCCAAAGCUCCCUAAAGUACCUUUAUUAAAAAAGAAAGUCCGUAUAGUACAUACAGUUAAGGCUAGAGAACCGAAGGAGGAGACCUGUGGAACGUUCGAUCCCGAUGAAAGUGCUUUAGUGAAAGUCGAUAAAAAUGUUUCUCAAUCACAAAGACCUACCAGCACUCAAACCAUCAGUCUUGACUAUGACCACAAGGCAGUCGAAAGAGUGGUUAACAUUUUUCCACAACAACACCGUGUUCGCCGUUUUCACUGGAAGAUCCCAAAGAGUGCCACUGGUUCCAUGUUCAUUCCAAGAUGUCUGUCGGCGUCUUCCAGAGUUUUUAAGAAUACGCUAUCCCAAAUGAAAAAAAGAGCCAAGAAGUCCUCGAAAAAGGAAGGCAAAGAAGACGGGUAUCUCACUAAAAAGACAUUUAACACUUUAGUUCUUUCCAAGGAGUUUCCCAAACCUUCACCCACUUCUUACUCUAGAUUUAUCACUUCUAAGUUUAAGCCACUAGGUACCCAGUUUCACCCUGCACCAAAGAUUUCAGGCUAUAUUCAAGAUCUCCCUCUUCUCAGAGAUGUAAAGAGAACAACACUCAGCCCUGUAUCUAGCGUUUCAACUGUAAUACCAGAACCACAGUGGUCUGAACGGACACACCCUAAAACAGUCCCAAGUAAAGUGAUAUUGAACACUGGUUCACUCCCACCAGCCCGUUCUCUGCCAACACCUGUUUUGCCAAGAAAACCUCCAAGACAGGCUAUGAUAGAAAAUGCUGCUGCUGCCGCCGCUGCUGCUGCUGCUACCACCACCGCUGCAGUGAGUGGAAAAACAGAAGCCCACAAACCACCUGAAACUGUUCAGAGAACCACCAGAACAGUAGACCCAGAUGCCCAUGUCUUACGGGGGGAAGGCUUUAAGGCUAUUGGAGCAACACGCUCUGAAACGGUACUGGCGCUGACCACCCUGGCCAUAAUAAAUUGCCAAAUAUAUGGAAGAAAUGCACUUAAUCUUAAGGGAUUCUUUCUAUCAAACUGUCCAGACUUAACACCUGUGGCUUUUCAAUUGAUAUACCUUAAUUUAUCAUUUAAUGACUUAAACCAAUUUCCUAUAGAAAUACUUUAUCUUCAAAACCUACAAGUACUGAAAUUGAGAAAUAACCCUAUCAAAGAAAUUCCUUCUGAAAUCCAUCUAUUGACAUACCUUAGGAUUUUCUCCAUUGCCUUUAAUUAUAUUACAGAGCUUCCUGAUGGGUUAUUUUGCCUGAAUUAUCUUGAGGAGCUCGAUGUUUCUUACAAUGAAAUUGAAAAUAUUUCAAAUGAAAUCCAGAAACUCAGAUCACUUGAAAAACUGAUUGUUGAUGGGAAUCCCAUAACGUCUUUUCCACCUGGGAUUUUGAAGCUUAACUUGAUCAAAUUUCAAAUUGAAAAUACAUUCACUGGUUCUCAGUUUUGGUUAGAGAGUUCCUUGAAUGACCCCCAACAACUUACUCAAAUUUGUUCCUUAUACCUUGUUAAAAAUAAACUGUUGGAUUACAUCUCAGAUGCAGUUCGAAAGUCUCUUAAAAGCACAUCUGAAUGUGAUUGGUGCCAUGGUCCCAAGUUUGGUGAAGGUUUCCGCAUCAUCCGAUCCUGCGAUAUCUUUGGAGUAUCACAUGUCCCCAUUAUGUUCCAUGUCUGCUCUUCUAGUUGCUAUCGGGACAUCAGGGAAACCACCUUUGUUUUAGAAGGUUUUCCUAGUAGAAGAAUAGCUCUACAUAUGGACUGGGUAAAAGAGAGCAAAGUCAGCAAUGUCUCAUUCUAUUUGUAAAACCCACAAAUAUUUCUCUAUAAGUAAUUCACCUCUUAGAGCACCGGUUCUGCAAGGAGACCCAUGGGUCUUCUCUGCUGAGUUCUCUCUGAUCCUCCUCCUCAUGAAAGCCUGAUGGUUAGAAAUCGGUGCUGAGCUCUGACUCAAGGAGUAGGAAAGGCCUUUGGAGUUCAGUAGGGACCUUGAGAAGUUCCUGGAGAACAUGUUUACAGUAAAGGGGGGGGGGGUGGUUCAAAACAUUUGCCAAAAGAACUGCAUCUUAUACUUUGUCUUUUCAUGGACCUAUAUUCAAUGACAGGCUAGCAGCUUGAAGCCAUUAUGGGGAACUAUGUUGCAUGAGGCCACAAAGUUAUGUGUCCAGGUACUAAAUGUUAGCUUGUGCACCCUCCUCAAUGCCAUCCAGCUGGUUUUCUUCUGAGAAUAAAAGAUUAAUUGCA